UUCAGGAGUGAAGCCCUAUCAAUGUGAUAUCUGUGGCAAGGGGUUCCAACACACAGGUAGCUUAAAAAUACACAUCGGAACACAUACAGGAGAGAAGCCUUACAAAUGUGUUAUCUGCCAUAAGGUCUUUAUUUCAUUAGGUAACCUUCUGUCACACAUCAAAACACAUACUGGAGAGAAGCCUUACAAAUGUGAUAUCUGUCAUAAGAGGUUCCGUCAGACAUGUAACUUAAAAAUGCAUGUCAGGACACAUACUGGAGAUAAGCCUUACAAAUGUGACGUCUGUGGUAAGGGGUUUAGUGUGAAACAAAACCUACAGACACACCUCAGGACACAUACUGGAGAGAAGCCAUACAAAUGUGAUAUCUGUCCUAAAGCGUUCAGUUAUGCAGUUAGUCUACGGACACACCUCAGGACACAUACUGGAGAGAAGCCAUACAAAUGCGACAUCUGUUGUAAGUCGUUCAGUCAUUCAGGAAGCCUGCAGACACACCUCAGGACACAUACAGGAGAGAAGCCAUACAAAUGUGUUAUCUGCCAUAAGGUCUUUAUUUCAUUAGGUAACCUUCUGUCACACAUCAAAACACAUACUGGAGAGAAGCCUUACAAAUGUGAUAUCUGUCAUAAGAGGUUCCGUCAGACAUGUAACUUAAAAAUGCAUGUCAGGACACAUACUGGAGAGAAGCCUUACAAAUGUGACGUCUGUGGUAAGGGGUUUAGUGUGAAACAAAACCUACAGACACACCUCAGGACACAUACUGGAGAGAAGCCAUACAAAUGUGAUAUCUGUCCUAAAGCGUUCAGUUAUGCAGUUAGUCUACGGACACACCUCAGGACACAUACUGGAGAGAAGCCAUACAAAUGCGACAUAUGUUGUAAGUCGUUCAGUCAUUCAGGAAGCCUGCAGACACACCUCAUGACACAUACUGGAGAGAAGCCAUACAAAUGUGACAUCUGUUGUAAGGCGUUCAGUCAGUUAAAUAACCUACGGAGACACCUCAGGACACAUACUGGAGAGAAGCCAUACAAAUGUGACAUCUGUUGUAAGGCGUUCAGUCAUUCAAGAAGCCUGCAGACACACCUCAAGAAACAUACUGGAGAGAAGCCAUUCAAAUGUGAGGUCAAUAGCAAGGCAUUUAUUCUAGCAAGUAACCUAAAGACCAACCUCAGGAGACAUACAGGAGAUAAUUAAACCAUACAUAUGUCUGGGUUUGACAAACUCUGUGCCUAUUGAGAUGGCUAAAUAACAAAUUUUCGUAAUCUGUCUUCUUGAACGAGACGUAAUUUGGUAUAAAGUGAUGUCAUCUGCCUUAGGCCUAAAGGUAGGACAGCCCACCAUCAUUAGAUGGUGGACUUUCAAAUCGCCCUGUUUCUAUGGUCCUUCAACUGUCCGUCCAUCACUCUGUCUGAUCGUACUCACUCAUCCUUGUGGGGUGCAUUCACAGAUUCAUUGUGUCAAAAUAUCUUCGUUGCCUAUAAUAGGAGACGAUUUUUAAGGUAUAUAAUAAUGUGGCUGACCC